UAUCAAAUAAAGUACUCCAGUCGAAUUCCAAACAUCACAUGACCACAUACAACUUUAAUAAUGCAUUCAUAAAAAUCUUGUAUAAAUGCAAACUUGAACCCGCCAACGCUAAAGCAUGAAAGUUCGUUAUCCAGUAUUAUAUCAAAUGAUAAUAAUCGUGUCCGCGUACGCAAUAGAUACGUGUCCAGACGGCUCUUACGUAUUGUUAAGAGGAUUAUCAAGUGACGAUAAACGUGCUGCCACCGAUGAACACAAUCGUUUUCGGCAAAUGUUAGUCGACGGCGUGGUGCCCGGACAACCGCGAGCCAAAUAUAUGAAAACAAUGAUUUAUGAUGAGAUCCUCGCAGAGAAGUGUGUGCCUAUAUCGAAUCAGUGCUGGAUGAAUCAUCUAAAUGUCUCAGACGAACGAUGGCAUUGUGUGGGCCAGAAUAUUUACAUUGCAUGGCAUUCACAAUUCAUCGCAGAACAAAAUUGGACAGCAGCUUUGGCUUCAUGGUUUUAUGAAUGUAAUGAUUUUCAAUAUCCGAAUACUGACUUGACGGGUCGUGAAGUUGGACAUUACACACAAGUGGCCUGGGCAGAUUCUGACACGUUAGGAUGUGACUAUAUUUUGUACAUUGAUCCGAAGAAACCAUGGACACCAUUUUGUUCAUUGUACACGUGCAAUUAUGGCCCAUGUGGUAACUACAAUGACAUGCCUCCAUAUCUCCUAGCAGAUGAGAACCAGCCAUCAUGUACAUCUGAUGAAGAUAAUCAAUCAUCAAAUGUUGAGGAGCAUACUUCAAAUGUUCAGGACCACACAUCAACAAGUGAAAACGACUGGUAUUCUUGUAGUGACCAUCACUCAUCGCAUCAUACGCAUACGCAUACCUCCAGCCAUACACACACAAGUACCCAUACAACAACUAAUAGUAAUUUAGGUGUUGGUUCAUUUCUUCAAAAUUUUAUUCAUACUAUUUUGGGUUAAGACGACGUAUAUAUUGAAACAAUAAUCAAUUGGACACAGCAUACAAUAUACGGCCCCAGCAUUCAAUACUUAAAUACGUUAAAUACAGUACCAUAACUAAUUUUCA